ACUGUUGAACACCUGCGCUUGGUGAUGGCUUCAAGCACAACUAAGCCAAUCUUUGGCAUAUGUCUGGGCCACCAACUGCUGUCAGUGGCUGCUGGCUGCUCCACCUACAAGAUGAAGUAUGGUAACCGUGGGCACAACCAACCUUGUAUACAUGAAGGAUCAAGGAGAUGUUUCAUCACUACUCAGAACCAUGGCUAUGCUGUGGACUCGCCUUCAAUCCCUCAUGAUUGGACUCUACUUUUCGUUAAUAAAAAUGAUAACUCCAAUGAGGGCAUUGUUCAUCGUACCCUUCCAUUCUUCAGUGUGCAGUUUCAUCCUGAGCACACUGCUGGUCCAGAGGAUUUGGAAUUGUUGUUUGACAUUUACCUGGAUCUGGUGAGACAGUCAAGCCGAGGGGUCACACGGGAGAACUGGGAUUUGCCAGCCAUGAUCACUAAUCACCUCACAUACAAGCCAAUCCCUGAUGUGCCUCAAGCAGAUAUUGGACGACUGCCUAACAAAGUUCUCAUUCUGGGCUCUGGUGGGCUCUCUAUUGGUCAAGCUGGAGAGUUUGAUUAUUCUGGUUCACAAGCAAUUAAAGCAAUGAAAGAAGAGGGAGUGGAAUCCGUUCUCAUGAACCCUAACAUAGCAACAGUUCAGACUAGCAAGGGUCUUGCUGAUAAGGUGUAUUUUCUUCCUGUUACUGCAUCUUACGUUGAACAGGUAAUCAAAUCAGAACGUCCAGAUGGUGUCCUCCUGACAUUUGGAGGCCAGACUGCCCUUAACUGUGGUGUGGAACUUGAGCGGGCUGGUGUGUGGGCCAAGUAUGGAGUUCGUGUUCUUGGUACUCCUGUGGCAUCAAUUGUGCAAAGUGAAGAUAGGAAGAUGUUUGCUGAGGUAGUUGCUUCAGUUGGUGAGAGAGUUGCUCCCUCAGCUGCUGUAUAUUCUGUAGAAGAGGUAAGAGCACUUAGUAGAGCAGAUUUAGUAAUACUGUGUACAGUAAAAUGUGAAGGAUUUACUCUUAAGGAGAAGCUGCCUUAUACUCUGCUCUUUCAAAAUUUUAUUUAUGCUAACUCUCUGAUCGUGGAUAAGUCACUGAAAGGAUGGAAAGAAGUGGAAUAUGAAGUAGUGAGAGAUGCUUUUGACAACUGUAUAACCGUGUGUAAUAUGGAGAACAUCGAUCCUUUAGGGAUCCACACAGGUGAGAGUUUUGUUGUUGCUCCAUCUCAGACCUUGACAAACAGGGAGUACAACCUGCUCCGCACCACUGCCAUAUCUGUUGUAAGACGUCUGGGUGUGGUGGGUGAGUGCAACAUUCAGUAUGCUCUUAACCCAGCUUCAGAGGAGUAUUAUAUAAUUGAGGUGAAUGCCCGUCUGUCCCGUUCGUCUGCUUUGGCAUCCAAAGCCACUGGUUACCCUCUAGCCUAUGUAGCAGCUAAACUUGCCCUGGGAAAGGCUCUUCCUGAUCUUACAAAUUCUGUAACUGGUUCAACAACUGCCUGCUUUGAGCCAUCCUUGGAUUACUGUGUUGUCAAGGUUCCUCGCUGGGACCUCUCAAAGUUUAACAGGGUCUCAACAAAGAUAGGAAGCUCAAUGAAGAGUGUUGGAGAGGUGAUGGGGAUUGGUCGCAGCUUUGAGGAAGCAUUGCAGAAAGCUCUGAGGAUGAUGGAUGAAGCAUUACAUGGUCUUGAUCCCUAUGUUAGUGAAGCAGAUGAAGAGGAACUGCAGCAGCCGACAGAUAAACGGAUGUUGGUGUUAGCAGCAGCGCUCAAGCAAGGCUGGGAUAUUGAUAAAUUAUAUAACCUAACAAGAAUAGAUAAAUGGUUCCUUUACAAAAUGAAAAAUAUUACCUCCAUGUAUGAUCAGUUGGAAAAUCUGACUGAUGAAGAACUCUCGGAAAACAUUCUGCGUGAAGCCAAGCAACUGGGCUUCUCAGACAAGCAGAUUGGUAAAGCUGUCCAGUGCACUGAGCUUGCUGUACGAGCUCUCAGGGAAAAACAUGGUAUCCUGCCAGUAGUGAAGCAGGUGGACACAGUGUCAGCAGAGUGGCCAGCAACCACCAACUACCUUUACAUUACUUACUGUGGCAAGGACCAUGACCUUGCCUUCCCUCCAGGCGCCACAAUGGUUCUAGGAUCAGGUGUAUAUAGAAUUGGGUCAUCGGUGGAGUUUGACUGGUGUGCUGUUCAGUGCAUUCGUACACUACGCAAGCUGGGUCACAGGACUAUCAUGGUCAACUAUAACCCAGAAACAGUUUCAACUGAUUAUGACAUGUGUGACCGACUUUACUUUGAUGAGAUUUCAUUUGAGGUUGUUAUGGACAUCUACAACCUUGAGUGUCCUCGAGGAGUGAUCUUGAGCAUGGGAGGACAGCUUCCUAACAACAUUGCUAUGGACCUGCAUCAUCAGAAGGCUCGCAUUCUUGGCACGUCCCCAGAAUCUAUAGACGGAGCAGAGAAUAGAUUUAAGUUCUCUCGUAUGUUGGACCGCAUUGGUAUUUCUCAGCCUCAGUGGAAGGAACUGACCAAUCUGAAUUCAGCACAAGCAUUUUGUGAAGAAGUUGGCUUUCCAUGCCUUGUGAGGCCAUCGUAUGUGCUGUCUGGGGCAGCCAUGAACGUAGCUCACUCACACCAAGACUUGGAGACUUACCUCAAUCAGGCAGCGGCUGUUUCAAAGGAACAUCCUGUUGUUAUUUCAAAAUUCAUCUUGGAAGCCAAGGAAAUUGAUGUAGAUGCAGUAGCAUCAGAUGGAGAACUUGUAUGUAUGGCAGUGAGCGAACAUGUUGAGAAUGCGGGAGUGCACUCUGGUGAUGCUACACUUGUCACUCCACCUCAGGAUCUCAACUCUGAAACUCUUGCUAAGAUAACUUCUAUAUGUGCUGCUAUUGCAAGAGCCCUGGAAGUCAAUGGACCUUUCAACAUGCAGCUAAUUGCUAAGGACAAUCAUCUGAAAGUUAUAGAAACAAACUUGAGAGUGUCUCGGUCUUUUCCUUUUGUAAGCAAAACUCUGGACUUCGACUUCGUUGCUUGUGCCACUAAAGUAAUUCUUGGAGAGAAGGUUACACCAACUCAUGUUCUCCGAGGCUGUGGACGUGUUGGUGUCAAAGUGCCCCAGUUCAGUUUUUCUCGUCUAGCUGGUGCUGAUGUUAUGUUGGGAGUGGAGAUGGCAUCGACAGGGGAAGUGGCAUGUUUUGGAGAGAAUCGUUAUGAAGCAUAUCUAAAGUCUAUGAUAUCAACGGGAUUUGUCAUUCCAGAGCGUUCAAUCCUCUUGUCCAUAGGUAGUUACAAGCACAAAAAUGAACUUUUACCAGCUGUACGGACACUGGCACAAAUGGGAUACAAACUGUAUGCAUCACUUGGCACAGCUGAUUUCUAUUCUACUCAUGGCAUUCAGGUUGAACCUGUGGAGUGGGCCUAUGAGAACUUUGGAGAAACAGCCACCAAAGGGCAGCUGUCCUCCAUGGCUGAUUACCUUGCCAGGAAGGGACUUAUCUACAGCAUACGGGAGUUUGAUUUGGUAAUUAACCUGCCGAUGCGUGGUGGUGGUGCACGACGUGUGUCGUCGUUCAUGACGCAAGGUUACCGCACACGUCGCAUGGCCGUUGACUUCUCCGUCCCUCUCGUCACAGACGUCAAGUGUGCCAAGCUACUAGUUGAGGCAUUACGUCUGAUUGGAGGAGCUCCUGACCUGAAGACCCAUGUUGACUGUGUCACCUCUCGUCGCAUUGUCAAGCUACCAGGACUCAUCGAUGUCCAUGUACAUGUCAGGGAACCAGGUGGCACCCACAAGGAGGACUGGGCAUCAUGCACUGCUGCAGCCCUGGCCGGAGGUAUCACACUCAUCUGUGCCAUGCCCAACACACAACCUCCAGUCACAGACUUGGCAGCCUUCACACUCACUAAAGAGCUUGCUAGCAGAGGUGCUAGAUGUGACUACAGUAUCUUUGUGGGGGCAUCAUGUGACAAUCAUUCCUCUGUGGCGGAGCUGGCCCCUCGAGCAGCAGCACUCAAGAUGUACCUUAAUGAGACCUUCACAACACUUAGGCUUGAUGACACAACAACAUGGCUCAAGCAUUUAGAAUCAUGGCCGUCGAGUGUGCCAGUGUGCGUCCAUGCUGAAGGUCGGACCACGGCUGCUGCUUUGAUGAUGGCUCACCUUGCUGCUCGUCCUAUUCAUGUUUGUCAUGUUGCACUCAGGGAAGAAAUUAUUCUUAUUCGUUCUGCUAAAGACAAGGGCAUGGCAGUGACAUGUGAGGUGUGUCCUCAUCACCUCUUCCUCACAGCUGAUGACCUGGAACACCUGGGCUUAAAGGGAGAAGUUCGUCCAAAACUGGUCUCCAAAGAAGACCAGCAGGCCCUCUGGGAUAAUUUGGAUGUGAUUGAUUGUUUUGCUACAGAUCAUGACAACUCGGAUCAGCUACAAGAGCCUCAGCAGGCCCCACACACUGUUGAGGAAAAAACUGGCAGCAAGUCUCCUCCAGGUUUUCCAGGCUUAGAGACCAUGUUGCCUCUUCUGCUAACAGCUGUCACCCAGGGAAGGCUGUCAAUGGAGGAUCUAAUCAAUAAGUUGCACCACAAUCCACGCCGAAUUUUCCACCUGCCACGUCAGCCACGGACAUAUAUUGAGGUUGACUUAGAUGCUCAAUGGACCAUCCCAGAAGCACCUCCCUUCAGCAAGGCUCGGUGGACACCCUUUGCUGGCAUGAAAGUUACUGGCCGUGUCCAGAGGGUUGUACUUCGAGGAGAAGUGGCAUAUGUAGAUGGACAGGUAUUAUUGCCUCCUGGCUAUGGUGAGGACGUUCGGGAGUCUCAGCCACUCUCUCCCGCUGCUGCAUCCACCUCCUCUGUGACAGGACCUCCAGUCUUCCCAGCACCACAUUGUACACAUCCUUCCAGUAUUCCACUCUCACAUUCUCAACAUUCUGUUCCAAGUUAUGGUAGCCACAAAAUUGGAACCAAUGGAGACAUUCAGACACCAGCAGACUUAGCCAUGCCACCACCCACAGUAACUACUCCUCAGCUGGCUUCCCCAUCAUGGAAAGGUGCACAAAACAUCCAUAGAACUUCAGAGUUGUAUAGUGAGAUGCUAAUGGAGCUCGGAGUUGGGGAUUUUGGAGAAAGGAAAGAGCGACCAGCCUCCCGGCUGAAGGGAAGGGAUACUUCGCCUGUCCGACCCCUGCCAGCCAUCCCUUCAGGCCUUCCAGGAGUCACUUCACAUGGGCUUCAAGGCGAACAUUUUCUGAGUGUACAAGGCCUAAGCAAGGAUCAACUUAACCAUAUCUUCAACUUGGCUCAAACAUUCCGUGUGUGUAUCAAUAAGGAGCGACCUCUUGAACACAUUCUAAAGGGCAAGUUAAUGGCACUGAUGUUCUACGAGGUGUCAACACGCACACACUGCAGCUUCCAGGCAGCUAUCCAGCGUCUGGGUGGACGAACAGUCACCAUGGACACCAACACUUCUUCUGUCAAGAAAGGAGAGAGCUUGGAAGAUUCUGUGAUGAUGAUGUCAGGAUAUGCAGACGUUGUGGUGAUCAGACAUCCAGAACCUGGAGCAGUUGCUCGUGCUGCAGCAGUGAGUCGUCGUCCAGUGAUUAAUGCCGGUGAUGGUGUGGGAGAGCAUCCUACACAGGCACUACUUGAUGUGUUUGCCAUCAGGGAAGAGAUCGGCACUGUUAAUGGUCUCAUUAUCACCAUGGUUGGUGAUCUGAAGCAUGGCAGGCCCCUUCACCCCCCCCUGGCCCCCGCUUCUACACUUUUCAAUGUACAGCUUCGCUAUGUUUCACCUCCAGGUCUUGGUAUGCCAGACUACAUCACUCAGUUUGCAACCUCUCAAGGCAUUCACCAGGAGGAAUUCAACAGUUUAGAAGCAGCACUUCCAGACACGGAUGUGUUGUAUAUGACAAGAAUCCAGAAGGAAAGGUUCGUCACUCUUGAAGAUUAUGAAAGGGCAUGUGGUCACUUCAUAGUUACUCCUCACCUGAUGACUCGUGCCAAGCGCCGUAUGAUUGUUCUCCAUCCAUUGCCCAGGAACCAGGAAAUCUCAACAGAAUUUGACACUGACCCUAGAGCUGCUUACUUUCGCCAGGCUGAGGGAGGAAUGUAUGUUAGAAUGGCUUUACUUGCCAUGGUUCUUGGAAAGUGUUGAUCAUAUUAUGCACUUUAGUAACUUAAUAUCAAAUUUUAAUAAGUUCAGUUCAGUAAGAUCAGUAUAUGGGAACAUGGUAUUAUUGUUAUAACUUUGAACCAUCAGUGCUAAUUAAUUUUCAAGCAGACAUUAAAAGCAUUUAUAUAUAAAAUUUAAAGCUGUUAUAUCUGAUCAGUUGUGUAAAACUUAGGCUGGAAAGGUCACUCCUCCAAACAAACAUUACAGAAGUUUAACUGUAGCUUUGUGGACUAUGUUAGUUGAAUAUAAAAAGUUCUUGUUCUUUACUAGAGGUGGGGAGGGGGAUUGUUAGCAAAAUAUUAUAUACAAAUUGUAAGGCUAAAGACCAUACUUAUAUUGGCCAGAACAUUUUUCCUAUAAUGACUUCAUCAGUGAAGGUUCUGAGUGUAUGGAAGCUUGGAUAGAGGAAAUGUUUGAUAAUGCAGCUCACUGUUUAAUCUGCAACUUGAAAACAAGUUGGAUUUUUUAAAUAAAUGUUGUUUCUCUCAUCUGGCAGAAAACAGCAUUGUUUUUAGUGCAAGUUUUUAUAUGCAAUUAAUGUUGAUCAAUGUCCAGUCUCCUUAUUUGUCCCACAUUAUCAGGUUACCUAUACAGUUGUUUAUAUAAACCAUACUUGAUAAAAUCCUCAUGGUAAAAAUAACAUUACCAGAUGAAUCUAAUGUAUAACAAGAGCAUGUAUGUUCUGGUAUUAAAACACUGAUGUUUUCUGCCAUGCAAGACAACCACAACAUUCAUUCAAAGAAUUAGAAACCUGGUUUCAAAUCAAAUACUUAGAUUAAAAAAAAUAUUAAACCAUAAGUUUCAUCAGCAACAAAAUUUUAAUGUGUGUUCCAUAGUAACCAAUGAAUGCUGUCGACACAUCAGGAGAUUAUAUGAUCACAGUUUGUGACUAUCCCUUGGCCUGCCUGAGGAGGUCCUUGCAUAGAAUGAAAUGUUUCAGCCAAUCAGGUCUCUGGUUACAUGUUUCUUCAGAAUUAUACACACCUCCCUUGAGGGGACAAAAAUUCUUUAGUUUCUCAUAUUUUGAUAAUGAACAAAUUUAAAAUACACAGUAUAAGGAUAAUGGCAAUACAGUAUAGUUUUGUGAAAUCAAAAAUAAAAUAAUACAACACACAUGACUGAGGUAAGUGAUUCAGUCUUAUUGUACUAGACUACCAAAUGCAACACCUCACAAUAUAA